GCUCGGGAUACAACACCACGGUUAAGAGCGCCGGAACCUCUGGAUGUACAGCUGCUGAUUCCGCCCCCCCCCCUCACCGGACACCGACUUCCCGCUCGGGCUUUGAGCACUUGGAGGAUUUGUAUUUAGUUCCAUUGUUGUAGUCGUGUGCCGCUGCUCGACGCUCUGUGGGGGAUUUGUCACGCGGACCGCCAUCUCACGCCUUGUGGAAGUUCGUAACAGGUCAUCGAUCCGCCGCGUAACGAUGCUGAACGACAUUAAGAUAGAAGAUCGUCUGCGGACGGACGCGGGCUCUCUGGACGGGAUGAUCGGCGGGGACUCUCUGCAGCGGGCCGUGUGCGAGGGCUGCACGCGGGUCAUCUCGGACCGCUUCCUGCUGCGGGUCAACGACGCGUCCUGGCACGAGGAGUGCUUGCAGUGCGCCGCGUGCCAGCGGCCGCUCACCACCACCUGCUACGUCAGAGACACGAGGCUCUACUGCAGGAGCGACUACCAGCAGUUGUUUGCCACCAAAUGUAGUGGCUGUCUUGAGAAGAUAGCGCCUACAGAGUUCGUGAUGCGAGCACUGGAGAGUGUUUACCACCUCGGCUGCUUCUGCUGCUGCGUCUGUGAUCGCCAGCUGUGCAAAGGAGACGAGUUUGUUCUGAAAGGAGGUCAGCUGCUUUGCAAGAGUGACUACGAGAGGGAGAGGGACCUGCUCAGCGCAGUCAGCCCAGACAACUCGGACUCAGAGAAGAGUGAGGAUGAGGAUAUGGAUGUGAAGUCAGAGAAGUGCCCUUCAGCAGGGAAAGGAAGCAGCGAUGGCAAGGACCCUCGCCGCCCCAAACGCCCACGCACCAUCCUCAACACCCAGCAGAGGAGGGCCUUCAAGGCCUCCUUCGAGGUGUCUUCCAAACCCUGCAGAAAGGUGAGAGAGACCCUGGCAGCAGAGACAGGACUCACUGUACGGGUGGUCCAGGUCUGGUUUCAGAACCAGAGAGCAAAGAUGAAGAAGCUAGCCCGUAGACAACAGCAACAGCAGGAGCAGCACAACAGCCAGAGGCUCAGCCAAGAGGGGAUAUCAGGUUGUAUGGAGGGCCUGCUCAGCUCCUACUCAGGGCAUCUACCUCCAAACCAGCAGCAGCAGCUGGUGACCAUGGAGCAUGGUGGCUACCACCCUGAUCCCUUCCAGCAGGGCCUCACGCCACCACAGAUGCCGGGUGACCACAUGAACCCCUACGGUACCGACAUCAUCUUCCAUGACAUGGACAGCGACACCUCUCUGACUAGUCUGAAUGACUGCUUCAUGGCCCCCACAGACGUCAGCUCCUCGCAUCCUCGGGCGGGGAACCCCAUCGACCGCCUGUACUCCAUGCAGAGCUCCUACUUUGCCUCUUGAGAAGUGCUACCGUCCCAGCCCACAGCACCGUGGCCCCGGGGCCACAAACAGGCGAGCCUGCACCGGAGUGGACACCAGACACAUGUCCGGUAAGACAUGAAUCAGUAAGGAGGGAAAUGUGACUCCAAGACCAAAUCCACCAAAUAUAACGGAGCGGCCUCGGCCCGUCAAAGGAGGGGGGAAAACUUGAAACUUAAACUUCUCCUGCCACCCGCUGUCUGCGCAGGAGUCUGGAAGGCGUGGGGCCUCCGUCUUCAACUGGCUUUCUUUUGUUGGAUGUGGACCUUUGUACAGAUAUAUGGGAGUGUUCAGUGCUAUGAAAAUCAGACUGUCACAGAAAAGUAAGGCUGCGUGUUUGUAACACAGUUUAAUACGUACUUUAUUUUAAUGGGACAAUCAGGCAAAUGUAGUUUUGGUGAUGUAAUGUAGUGCCAAGCACUUGUGUAAAAAAAGCAGUGAGCCAACUGAUUGAUACCUGUUUCAGAAUGUAAAUAAUGUUCUAAAUGUAUUUACUGUUCUUCAGACACAUCCCGUUUUGCAUGUUAGGUUAGACAGCGGUUUAUUUAUUUCUCCCCAACGUACUGGUACACAAUAAGAAAAAACAAUUCUGGCAAUAAGAUCCCAUACAAAAAAACACCUUCUUACCUAAUUCGUUGAUGAUUUGAUUCUGCUAUUUAUCAUGUUAUUUCAAUUGUUUAGUGAGUGUGUAAAUUAAUAUUGCUUUGCUAUUUAUUUUUCCAUUGAAAUCAUAUGGAUUUUGUCGAGACGGCAUUUUAGA